AUGGCGCCGGCGCCCCGCGAGGCGAGCAGGGGAGAGCGCGGCCCGCAGCGCCAGACAGUUCUAGUAAACAUAACCCAUAGUACCACAGGAUAUCACUCAAAAACAAUACGUUUUCUAAAUGUGGCUUUUGACAGUUCUGGAGAUUCUCUACUCGCAGGAGACCACCAAGGAAAUAUAUAUGUUUUUGACUUGAAUGGAAACAGGUUCAACCUUGUCCAGCGAACAACACAGGCGUGUACUGCUUUAGCAUUUAAUCUUCGUAGGAAGACAGAAUUCCUUGUGGCUUUGGCAGAUAAUUCCAUAAAAUGUUUUGAUACAGAAACCAAAGAACUCGUUAGCUGGAUGAGAGGCCACGAAUCUUCAGUGUCUUCCAUCUCUGUGCAUGGCUCGGGUAGGUAUGCAAUCACCACGUCCCCUGACACAGCACAGCUCUGGGACCUGGACACCUUUCAAAGGAAACGAAAGCUCAACGUUCGUCACUCUGUGGGUAUUCAGAAGGUUUUCUUUCUUCCCCUGAGUAACACCAUCCUCAGCUGCUUUAAGGAUAACUCAGUUUUUGCGUGGGAAUUUGAUACUCUUCAGUGUAAAUACCAGUUGCCAACUCCAGUAGAAGGAUCACUUUUGCUUUAUAAGGUCUUUGCAGUCACCAGAGACGGCCGGAUUUUUGUAGCUGGUGGAAAAUCAAAUCAUCUUCACUUAUGGUGUUUAGAAUCAAAGCAGUUGGUGAGAAUAAUCCAGAUGCCCACGAAGGUUCGAGCUGUCCGGCAUCUGGAAUUCCUCCCUGAUAGUUUUGAUGGGGGCUCUAAUCAGAUCCUUGGAGUGUUAAGCCAAGACAAUAUUAUGAGGUUUAUCAAUAUAGAGACGUGCAAACUUCUUUUUGACAUUGGGAGUUACGAGGAGGGAAUUAGUGCAGCAGCGAUUAGCCCCAAUGGACGUUAUAUUGCAGCAGUCAUGGAAAAUGGAAGCCUUAAUCUAUACAGUGUCCAAGCUUUGACUCAAGAAGUAAAUAAGCCUCCGCCACCCCUGCUCAAAGUAGUGGAAGAUUGGUCCAAGAGCAAGUUAGAGACAAAUAAACUUACAGUGAGGGUGGCUCCGGAAGGGUCAGAGCGCCCUUGGAAAUCCAGAGGAAGCAAAGUUGAAACCAGAACACUGAAACCACAAGCAAACACAGCACUCGAAAAUAAAGAGAAYGAGCUGCCAGGUGGAUUAAACAAGAAACGGCUGCAGGCCUUAUUGAAAGGAUUUGGAGAAUAUCCAGAGAAAUACAGGAUGUUUGUUUGGCGCUCCUUGCUCCAGCUGCCUGAAAACCACGGCGCCUUCAGCAGCCUCGUAGAUAAAGGCACCCACGGUGCCUUCGUGCAGAUUCAGAACGAGUAUCCCAUCAAAAGCAGGAAGCUGCUGAGGGUUUUACAAAGGACCUUAUCUGCUCUAGCUCACUGGUCUGCUAUCUUUGGUGAGACACCUUAUAUCCCUCUGCUAGCAUUCCCAUUUGUAAAACUGUUUCAGAACAACCAGCUGAUCUGCUUUGAAGUUGUUGCUACUGUAGUAGUUAAUUUUUGUCAGCACUGGUUUGAGUAUUUUCCCAAUCCUCCAGUUAAUGUCCUUAGUAUGGUGGAGAAUAUUUUGGCACAUCAUGACAAAGAGCUGCUUCAGCAUUUGGUAAAAUACAAUGUGACUUCACAGGUUUAYGCCUGGCCUCUCCUAGAAACACUGUUCUCUGAGGUGCUAACAAGAGAAGAAUGGCUGAAAGUCUUUGAUAACAUCUUCUCCAACCAUCCUUCAUACUUUCUAAUGGUUGUUGUUGCCUACGUUACAUGUUCCAGAGCUGCACUACUUCACUGUAAUCAAAUAGAGGAUUUUGAGUAUUUCUUUCAUCAUCGGAACAACUUGGACAUUAAUGUGGUGAUUAAAGAAGCUUAUCAUCUAAUGGAGUCUACACCCGUAGAUAUCCAUCCACAGCAUAUGCUUGAUGACUUCAUACCACUUACAAAAGGGCAGUACCCUGUGUUUAAUAAAUACCCCAAGUUCAUUGUGGAUUAUCAAACUCAGGAACGAGAGAGGAUCAGACAGGAUGAAAUCGCGUACUUACGAGAGAGGCAGCUGGUGCACGAGUUGGAAGCUAAAGCGCUGGAACGGAAGGUGGAAGAUGAAGCCUGGUAUCGGAAGCAGGAACUGCUUCAAGAAGCGGAGGAACAGAGGAGAAAAAUGCUGCUGGAAGAAGAAGAGAGGCUGGCAGAACAGAGGCAGAGACUAGCUGCUGUGAAGAGAGAACUGCAARUAAAGGAAUUGCAGUUGCUGGAUGCUGCAAGACGCCGUUUCCUGAAAUACCAGCAAGAUCAGCGGCAGAUGGAGCUCAAACGACUUGAAGAUGAAAUUGCAAGAAAGGCAUCUAUAAGAGAGCAAGAAACAGCUGCUAUUUCUCAAGAUAUUGAAGUAAGGCGAAUGGAACUUGAAUCUCAAAGGCAGCUUUUUGAACAGGGGCAAGAAGGGAGGCAGCAAAAGGCUGAGCUGGAGGCAGAGCAGAAGGCGGCUGCUGCUGCAGAUGGGCACAGGAAGCAGGUCUUAGAAGAGGAAAUGAAGGAUGCCUUAGAAUUGGCUGAAAAGACACAGAAAGAAGAUGUCUGUUUUGAGAGACAGCAUGAUUUGAAGACUGGACAUACAGAGACAGGUUUAGGAUUGCAGCAAGUGCCUAGGUCUGGAAACGUCUGUCUCAACGAUGUAUCUGAGUCAGAGUCAUCAUCACGUGUGUCWUCAGGUAGAAGGCGAGAAGAACUGACGGGCAAAGAGUGGGACCUGAUGGCAGAAGUGAGGCGGCUCCGAGAGAGGCUGGCGUUGCGGGCUCAGACCAGGCGCUCGCCAGCUCGUUUCCCUGCUACAAAGUGGACUCCUUGAGAUGUUUGCCCUGAACUUCAGCUCUACAUUCACAUCAAUCAGUGCAACUCUAAAUAUAUAGUGUGCGAUCAAGGUCUAACCAUAAAUUGUUUAUUGUGAAGGUCUUUGGAAAUAUUUUUAUAUUAAAAUAAAAYGA